AAAAUUUAUUGGACUACAAUGUAAGUUGAAAGCUUCUGUAAGUGUGUCAAAUAAAUGUUUUUACAAGGUUGCAAAUGUAUUUACCUAUGAUUUAACAUUAUAUUUUUAAUGUCAUUGUAUGAAAAACAGUAUGGAGGGGCAAACAAGGAAGGGCGCAAAGGAGAUAAAAGAAGAAAUGCAUAUUUGGGUGAGAAUAAAAUACAAAUCUUGCUAUGGGGGUGUUUAGUUCAAGGUCUUGUAUAUGGGCAAAGCUGCACUAUUAAUGAAUGGAUAAUAAAUCAUGACUGGAUUUACUGCCUGUAACAUACUGAAACUCAACCCAAAUGUUUCCCUUGUUAACAAUUUUGACUAUGUUUUACUAUAUCUGCCUUCGGCGCAGAGCCAGAACAGGAACAAGAGGAGAUAUCAUGAACAGUCGUCGAGCCAUUGAGUCAAAUCAUCGCACGGUACCUCUUACAAUUGAAGUACAGCAGCAUGCCAAAGAAGUGAUUGAUUUUAGCUCUCAUUAUGGAAGUGAGAACAGCAUGUCUUAUACAAUGUGGAAUUUGGUAGGGAUGCCUAACGUCUACCCUAGUUCUGGAGAUUUUACUCAAACUGCUGUAUUCAGAACAUAUGGUAAAUGGUGGCAACAAUGCCCCAGUGCACCUCAAAGCUUUCCUAGAACACCUUUGAAAUUUCACAGCCAGGACUACGUAGAGCUUGCUUUUGAAGAGCCUGUAUAUCCCACUUCUGUUGAUGUCCUUGAAACUUACCACCCAGGAGCUAUUGUUAAGAUCCUUGCAUGUUCCUUGAAUCCUUUUUCUCAAACUCUACCAGCAGACAUAAGGUGGGAGGUGCUUUGGUCUGGGGAACCUGCAAGUAUUGGUGGUACUCAGGCUCGACAGUUUUCUCCAGGCAUUAAACAGAUAAAUUUUCCAACAAAUUUAAUACGUCUAGAAGUUAACAGUUCCCUGCUUGAAUAUUACACUGAACUGGAUGCAGUUAUUCUCUGUGGUGUAAAAGAGAGGUCUGUUCUCUCUAUGUAUAACAUACCCAUGAUAGAUAUUAAUGAUUUAAGUGAAAGUGAUGAAGAAAAGGAUUUUUCAGAAACAGAUCACAUUAAUUGGCGUGUAGACUCAGUCUUUAAAGAACAUUCAAAUAAUGGAUAUUUUGAUACUCUUCCUUAUGAGCUGAUUCAGCUGAUUUUGAAUCACCUCACUCUACCUGAUUUGUGCAGGUUGGCACAGACUUGUAAAUUGCUCUAUCAGCACUGCUGUGAUCCUCUUCAGUACAUCCAAUUAAGCUUGCAGCCAUAUUGGGCCACAGUAAAUGACAGCUCCCUUGAUCACCUUCAGACUUGCUGUACCUUGACUCAGAGACUUAAUUUGUCAUGGACUGGGAACAGAGGAGCCAUCACCUUUUCUGGGUUUUCCAGAUUUAUGAAAGUGUGUGGUGCAGAACUGGUCUGUCUAGAGUUGGCAUGUUGCCAUUUUUUGAAUGAGGCCUGCCUUGAAGCUAUUUCUCAGAUGUGUCCAAAACUUCAAGAAUUAAACCUGUCUUCAUGUGACAGACUUCAUCCUCAGGCCUUUAAUCAUAUUUCCAAAAUAUUGGACUUAAGGCGACUAGUAUUAUAUCGCACAAAAAUUGAGCAAACAGCUCUACUCAGCAUUAUCACAUUUUGCACAGAAAUACGCCACCUUAACCUUGGAAGUUGUGUCAUGAUUGAAGACUAUGAUAUGAUUGCCAGUAUGAUAAGUGCAAAAUGCCGAAAACUAAAAUCUCUGGAUCUUUGGAGGUGUAAAAACAUCACAGAGAAUGGAAUUAUGGAAUUAGUGUCAGGAUGUCAGUUUCUUGAAGAACUUGACCUUGGUUGGUGUUCCACAUUACAGAGUAGCACUGGCUGCUUUGUAUAUUUAGCUCGCCAUCUUCCAAAACUAAGAAAGCUGUUUAUAACAGCAAAUAGGACUAUCUGUGAUACAGAUAUAGAGGAACUAGCUGCUAAUUGUCCAAGACUACAGCAUCUGGAUAUUCUUGGCACUAGAAUGGUGAGCCCAUCAUCUUUGCGGAAGCUGUUGGAUUCAUGCAAGGAGCUGCUUUUACUUGAUGUAUCUUUUUGCUCUCAGAUUGAUACUAGAGUGGUUCAAGAAUUGGUAGCUCACUUUCCAAGAGUCUCCAUCAAAAAGAGUUUUACCCAGUGAUUGCGUUAAUCCCAAAUUACACUACUUUUUAUUUCAAGUUGGCAUUCAUUUUCUUGUAAUAUACACAUAAUUUUCGCAUUUUCUGAAAUGUGUUUGCGUAAAUGCUUGCACAUAGGAUGAACAAUUUCAUCGAACCAAACAAUGAGAAUAAGAAGACAAGGUUAAAUGUUUUUAACACUAUAUUUAAAGUUGCUGCAUACAGUAUACUGUUAAAUAUUACAAGUGUAAUAAUUAAAGAUUUUCUUUAUUGGUGAACAAUUGAAAGCUUGACUUGUGGACAGUAAGGAAAGCUUAAAAGUAUCUGCCUUACAAUGUAAAUGUUUUUGAGUUAAAACUCAGGGCUUUUAUUUUUUUUUUUUCUGGAUGCUCAAAAUCACAACAGCAUAAAUGGGAACUAAUUAAAGACAAUAGUUUAUAAAUUAUUUUUAUUGAUGAUAACUUAUGAAUAAAAUAACUAUGCUAAUUACUUUAACUUUAUUGGUUUUGUUUGAAGUAUCGACACAUUUUCCAGACAUGGAAUUAUUUUUUAUAAUGGCUUUAUAAAAUGCCAUACAGUUUUUAUUAUUAAUUUUGUUUUUAGUGUUUGUUAUCCAUGUUCAAAUAGAGCAUUUAUUCACUUUGGACUCUGACAUAAGUAUUAAACUAACAUAAAAUACUGUUGUUGUCAAGCAAUUACGCACAACCACUGGGCAAUCAUGAAAAGGGUAUUGGUUACAUUUUUUUUUUUAGUUUCUUGACCUUAUUAAGGUAUUUUUUAAGGUUAUUGUGUUGAGCAGACAAAUUGAAUGUAUUUUAUGAUUUCAACUGUAUAAACUUAUUUAACCUCCUUUACUCCAAGCAUUUAUAUGCAGUUUUUUUAUCUAUUUAUCCUCAGUGAAAUUUGCUAAAAAAGUAAAAAUGUAAAGAACUUGUAUAUAAAAUAAGAUCCUUUUGGAACAUUUGACUUCUUUGUUCUAAAUGAUUAAUAGACUCUUUUUAUCUAGUUGACUCCUUAGUCGGUCAUUCAAUGCUUUUUAUCGUGGACAGCGUUAAUAAUGGUAGACUGACAUGGAAAGGAAAUAUUUCACUGUUAAGUUUUAUCUUUCUAUAUUACGCUGCAGAUAAUAUGCCAAAAUGUUUCUUUAAGUUUAUUCAGGCUAUUCACUUUUGUUUCAAAAUAAAUGAUAUGGAAACAUAUUGUAAACAAUGCAUUUGUUUGUGAAUUGUAAAUGCAGUAUUAAUUUUGGACAGUAAAAUAUAAUGAUUGGUAUUUAGUAUAAUGUGCCUUAUUAGUUAUACAGUCUGUAAUGAAUAAACAAAAUAUUAAGUCAA